AUGUUCGAGGCACCUCUUCCCGUCACACUUCCUCCUACCACCGACUACAACCGUGCUGAUCCCGUCCGCACCCACGACGCCACGCCGACCCAGAUCCUUCAGAACCAGACGCCCGCCGACAACACCGCCAGCAAGAAGUCUGCCCACAGCAGCUCCCUGCCCACCAUGUCCAACAUUCCCUCCGAGCCCGAGUUCGAGCAGGCUUACAACGAGCUCGCCAGCACCCUCCAAAACAGCUCCCUCUUCCAGAAGCACCCCGAGUACAAGACCGCCCUCGAGGUCGUCUCCAUCCCCGAGCGUGUUAUCCAGUUCCGCGUCGUCUGGGAGGACGACAAGGGCCAGGUCCGCGUCAACCGCGGUUACCGUGUCCAGUUCAACUCGGCUCUUGGCCCCUUCAAGGGUGGUCUGCGAUUCCACCCCACUGUCAACCUGUCCAUUCUCAAGUUCCUCGGCUUUGAGCAAAUCUUCAAGAAUGCUCUCACUGGACUGAACAUGGGUGGUGGCAAGGGUGGUGCCGAUUUCGACCCGAAGGGCAAGAGUGACGGCGAGAUCCGCCGCUUCUGCCAGGCCUUCAUGCGCGAGCUCUCCAAGCACAUUGGCGCCGACACCGACGUCCCCGCCGGUGAUAUCGGUGUUGGUGGCCGCGAAGUCGGCUUCAUGUUUGGCGCCUACCGCCAGGCCCGCAACAAGUGGGAGGGCGUGCUCACCGGCAAGGGCCUCGACUGGGGUGGCAGCCUGAUCCGUCCCGAGGCCACCGGCUACGGCCUGGUCUACUACGUCGAGUACAUGCUGAAGCACGCCGGCCGUGGCAGCUUCUCCGGCAAGCGCGUCGCCAUCUCGGGCUCCGGCAACGUCGCUCAGUACGCCGCGCUCAAGUGCAUUGAGCUCGGCGCCACCGUCGUCUCGCUCUCCGACUCCAAGGGUGCCCUGAUUGCCGAGUCGGCCGAGGGCUUCACCCCCGAGCACGUCAACGAGAUUGCCGCCCUCAAGAUCAAGCGCCAGGCGCUGACGACCUUUACCACCAGCGGUUUCAAGUACAUCGAGGGUGCCCGCCCCUGGGUGCACGUCGGCAAGGUCGAUGUCGCGCUGCCGUCUGCGACGCAAAACGAGGUCAGCAAGGAAGAGGCCGAGGCGCUGGUCGCUGCUGGUGUCAUUGCCAUCGCCGAGGGCUCCAACAUGGGCUGCACCCAGGAGGCCAUUGACGUCUUCGAGGCCGAGCGCGGUAGCAAGGGCGACAAGGCCAUCUGGUACGCCCCCGGCAAGGCCGCCAACUGCGGUGGCGUCGCCGUCUCGGGUCUCGAGAUGGCCCAGAACAGCCAGCGCCUGACCUGGACAUCCGAGGAGGUUGACGAGAAGCUCAAGGGCAUCAUGAAGGCGGCCUUUGACAAUGCGCUCAAGACGGCCGAGGAGUACGUCACGGCCAAGCAGGGCGAGCUGCCCAGCCUGGUUGCCGGCAGCAACAUUGCCGGCUUCGUCAAGGUUGCCCAGGCCAUGCACGACCAGGGCGACUGGUGGACCCAGUGA